CCCGCCCCUCCAAUCCUCCCGGCUUUCGCCGCGGUCGCGAGAUCCGCGUUUUUCCCAAGAUGGUGGCACUGGGCUCGGGGUGACUGCAGGAGACGACAGAACCUGAAUCCCCUUUGGCCGGAAGCUCGACACACCGCCCUCCUCUCCCGCGCGCACUCCGCCACCCCCGCUUGUGCGUCACCUCUGCCGACCCGGCGCUCACGGCCGCGGGCGGCGGCGCCUCCCUCGGCUCCUCCUCGGGGCCGCGCUCGGAGCAGCUCGCAGGCAAGCCGCGGCCAGGCGGGCCCCGCAGCCCCCCGGUGUGGACUGGCAGCGUCGGAGCGGCGGCUGGCGGCAAGCUCGGGGUGUUCUGCGGCCCCGGCGUCCCCUUCCCCGGCCUCGGUCCCCGGAGAAAGAAGCGCGGGUCCCGCAUGAGCGCCGGCGGUGGCGGCAGCGAAAGGGAACGAGGCGGUGGCGGGCGGAGGCGGCGGGCGAGGGCGACGACGACCAGUGAGGCGGCCGCUGCUGCGAGGGCCGCAGCCCAGGCGCGGGGGCGACGACAGGUUGAAACUCUGUAAGAUCCUGAUUUUAGACUCUACCAGCUCCUUAGAAGUUUGGCGAAAUAUGAGUUGUUAAAUCUACGCUCAGACCAAGUUUGCAGCUGGACCGGUGUGACAACCUGUUCUAAUCAGUGACUCAGAGCUGUGAUCACCCUGAUGUCAACGAAUGGCCACAGCUUGUAAAAGAUCACCAGGAGAACCUCAGUCUGACGACAUUGAAUCUAGCCGAAUGAAGCGAGCAGCUGCAAAGCACCUAAUAGAACGCUACUACCACCAGUUAACCGAGGGCUGUGGGAAUGAGGCCUGCACGAAUGAGUUUUGUGCUUCCUGUCCAUCUUUCCUCCGUAUGGAUAACAAUGCAGCCGCUAUUAAAGCCCUCGAGCUUUAUAAGAUUAACGCAAAACUCUGUGAUCCUCACCCCUCCAAGAAAGGAGCCAGCUCGGCCUACCUCGAGAACUCGAAAGGCGCUGCCAACUCCUGCUCUGACGUGAAAAUGAACAAGAAGGAGGGACUGGCAGCACGGAAUGAUUUCAAAGAUGUGACUUACCUAACAGAAGAAACAGUGUACGAAAUCCUGGAAUUAUGUCGAGAGCGAGAGGACUACUCCCCUCUGAUCCGCGUCAUCGGGCGCGUGUUCUCGAGCGCCGAGGCGCUGGUGCAGAGCUUUCGGAAGGCCCGACAGCACACCAAGGAGGAGCUGAAGUCCCUCCAAGGGAAGGACGAGGACAAGGAUGAGGACGAGAAGGAGAAGGCCGCGUGCUCGGCUGCCGCCAUGGAAGACGACUCGGAAGCCUCGUCCUCGAGGAGCAGUGACAGCCCCCCAGGCGACAGCUUGCAGAAGUCAGGCCCCGAGGACGUGUCCGUGGACAUCGAGGCCAUCAGGAGGGUCUACACCAGGCUGCUCUCCAAUGAAAAGAUAGAAACCGCCUUUCUCAAUGCACUGGUGUACCUGUCCCCCAACGUGGAGUGUGACUUGACGUAUCACAAUGUGUACUCCCGAGACCCCAACUACCUGAAUUUAUUCAUCAUUGUCAUGGAGAACAGGAACCUCCACAGCCCUGAGUAUCUGGAAAUGGCCUUGCCCUUGUUUUGCAAAGCCAUGAGCAAGCUCCCCCUGGCAGCCCAGGGGAAACUGAUCAGACUGUGGUCAAAGUACAGCGCAGACCAGAUUCGGAGGAUGAUGGAGACAUUUCAGCAGCUCAUCACAUACAAAGUCAUCAGCAAUGAGUUUAACAACCGGAAUCUAGGGAACGAGAGAAAUCUAGUCAACGACGAUGACGCCAUCGUUGCUGCUUCGAAGUGCUUGAAAAUGGUUUACUAUGCAAACGUCGUGGGCGGGGAGGUGGACACCAACCACAACGAGGAGGACGACGAGGAGCCCAUCCCCGAGUCCAGCGAGCUGACGCUGCAGGAGCUGCUGGGGGACGAGAGGAGGAACAAGAAGGGCCCGCGCGUGGACCCGCUGGAGACCGAGCUUGGCGUGAAGACCCUGGACUGCCGGAAACCACUCAUCCCUUUCGAAGAGUUUAUCAACGAGCCACUGAAUGAUGUUCUAGAGAUGGAUAAGGAUUACACCUUUUUCAAAGUAGAAACCGAGAACAAAUUCUCUUUUAUGACUUGCCCCUUUAUACUGAAUGCUGUGACAAAGAACUUGGGGUUGUACUAUGACAAUAGAAUUCGCAUGUACAGUGAGCGGAGAAUCACUGUCCUCUACAGCUUAGUUCAAGGGCAGCAGCUGAACCCGUACUUGAGGCUCAAGGUCAGACGCGACCAUAUCAUAGAUGACGCGCUCGUCCGGCUAGAGAUGAUCGCCAUGGAAAACCCUGCAGACUUGAAGAAACAGCUGUACGUGGAGUUCGAAGGAGAGCAAGGGGUUGAUGAGGGAGGUGUUUCCAAAGAAUUUUUCCAGCUGGUUGUGGAGGAAAUCUUCAAUCCAGAUAUUGGUAUGUUCACAUACGAUGAAUCUACAAAACUGUUCUGGUUUAAUCCAUCCUCAUUUGAAACUGAGGGCCAGUUCACUCUGAUCGGCAUAGUCCUGGGCCUGGCGAUCUACAACAACUGCAUACUGGACGUGCACUUCCCCAUGGUCGUAUACCGGAAGCUGAUGGGGAAGAAAGGAACUUUCCGUGACUUGGGGGACUCUCACCCUGUUCUAUACCAGAGCUUGAAAGACUUACUGGAGUAUGAAGGGAACGUAGAAGACGAUAUGAUGAUCACUUUCCAGAUAUCGCAGACGGACCUCUUUGGUAACCCAAUGAUGUAUGAUCUGAAGGAAAAUGGGGACAAAAUUCCAAUUACAAACGAAAACAGGAAGGAAUUUGUCAAUCUCUAUUCUGACUACAUUCUCAAUAAAUCAGUAGAAAAACAGUUCAAGGCGUUUCGGAGAGGUUUUCAUAUGGUGACUAAUGAAUCUCCCUUAAAGUACCUAUUCAGACCAGAGGAAAUUGAACUGCUCAUAUGUGGAAGCCGGAAUCUAGAUUUCCAAGCCCUAGAAGAAACUACGGAAUAUGAUGGUGGCUACACCAGGGACUCUGUUCUGAUCAGGGAGUUCUGGGAAAUUGUGCACUCAUUCACUGAUGAGCAGAAGAGACUGUUCCUGCAAUUCACGACCGGAACCGACCGAGCGCCUGUCGGCGGCCUGGGGAAGCUGAAGAUGAUCAUAGCCAAAAAUGGCCCGGACACAGAACGGUUACCUACAUCUCAUACUUGUUUUAAUGUUCUUUUACUGCCGGAAUAUUCCAGCAAAGAAAAACUCAAAGAAAGAUUGUUGAAGGCCAUCACUUACGCCAAAGGAUUUGGCAUGCUGUAAAGAAAAAGAAAAAAGGAAACCAGUGAAAGGAAAAAGAAAUUUUCGAUUUUAACGUGUAUCCUAGAAGGGAUGAGGCUGAGGGUGGAGCCCAGGGCGCAGGCUGUGAGGUAGCGGACCACCGAGUCAUCGUGUCCGCGCUCCCUUCCUUGCCGGGGCUCUGGGGGCUGGGACAGCACAGUCAGCUACUUCUAUGAACAAAGCCUUUAUUAUUAUUAUUUUUGUGUGUGAAAGUGUUACUUAUCCUUUCACUUGUAUGUACAGAGAGGUUUUUCUGAAUAUUUAUUUUAAUGGUUAAAUCACUUUUGCUUGUGUUUAUUACUGCUUGAGGUUGAGCCUUUUUGAGUACUGAAAGACACCCACCAACCAAACUACCCCCCUAAGGAGGGGCGUGCCCACCCGUGGGCCAUGCAGCCAACCUUCGAGUGAGUACGUGCUCUGCCUCGUCCCUGUAGCCAACUCAAAUCAGGAAUUGUAUUUUUUUUAAAAACAAUUUGCUUUUGAAACUUGAAGUCUUGAAAACAGUGUGAUGCAUUUGCUGCUGUUCUAGUCCCCAAAGAGUUUUCUGUGCAAAAUCUUGAAAUCAAUAAAGACGGAAGGGAGACUCGGAAUGUUACCUGCAGCCCUCAGAGCUCUGCUUUAGUCCCCGCACCACAGAGUCCAGCCACUCGUGCCACCGUGUCGUCCUCGUGCGUCCACAGUGACCUGCUUUGUAGCCAGUCAUCUUUCCUAGUAGGUGAAGGACAGGGCUUGUUUUUGUUCUCGUUGUGUUCUCGUCGUCGUCGUCAUUUGAGUUUACUGGGGAAAAGUGCAUUUGGCCAAAAGAAAUGAUGAGUCGAGCCUGUUGCAAGAACGUUAGGAAGUCUGUUGUUUUUAAACUCGAAGCAUGUGAAAGUGCACUUAAAAUAAAUUUUGAUCAAUUACUUAUUACCUGCAUUUAAAUAGACAAUCCAAAGUCUUCCCUCCGUGUCGGCAUCCUCUUGUGUCCCAGCCUGCGUGGCCCAUGAGGGAAGGAUGGCCCUAAUGGGGGAUUGCAGCCGAGUUGUGCAGCCGGCGCGGCUGGGAGCGAGCUGCUCCUCUAAGUCCUAGUCCCCCCGUGUGCCCCAAAGAUUAAAUUUGACUCCAAAACUUAAGUGUUAAAUACUACUUUCACGUACUGUGGUGAAGUACAAAUAGGCUUAAAUUAUUGGACAUCGAGAAGUAAGUAGCUUCCCCUUUCUAGUCUUCUGUGUGUAUGAUGUCGAUUUCUUUUACUGCAAUAUAAAAUAAAAGGAUUAUGUAUUUUUAACUAAGGAGAGACAUAUGAUAUAUCCUUUCACUACAAGCUACAGCUGCUAUGCUGAGCUUGUGCCUUGUUUUAAGCAGAACGACAGGUUGACUGUUCGGAACUGGCAGGGCAGUGCAGCUUUCAAACCACGGGCGGGAGAAGACGUGUCUCCCAUCCUUUUAACCUGUUAGCAAUGAACGAGGACGGCGCGCCACCACCGCGGCUCACUGGAACGGAAGACAGUGCGGGCUGGCCUCAGCCCCAUGCGGUGUGAACCCCGCCAGAUGCAAGGGCUCCUCCUGCUGCUGCGUCCCCCCGAGGGCCUCUCUUCGUGUGCCAUGAAAGGGAGACGAGAGAUCACCGGGGGCGUUUUAUAUAAUAAACAAGUAAAGAAACCCGUGCUCUUCAGUUCUCACGUUUUAUCAUCACUAUACUAUUGACGUUCUACAGCUGUAAUAACGUAUCUGUAUGGAAUUUUUUGAAUGGUAAUUGAGUAUAGGUUAUCAGAUAUAGACUAGGCUUUUAACAAACAGUUCAAAAUAAACUACCCUUAAAAAUA